AUGAAUUUCGUCGUUUUUAUUUCGGUGUCGUUGAUAUUUUCAACAAUUGUAUUAGCCUUACCUCAGACGGGGGCGCCUGGCAGUUUUAGUACCAUCGACCAUAACACACCGGAGAUUAAUAAACUGGCGAAUCAAGCAUUGGAUCAUUUCGUUUCCACCUCCGGUUCUGACAAUUCCAGCUGUAAACAAAAAAUAAAUAAAAUUCUGAGCGCAAAAUCGCAAACUGUGGCUGGAAGAAAUGUUGAUAUUCAGAUGGAAAUAUGCCCAGAUAAUUGUGGCGCAAAUUCUGACGAUCAGCUGAAUUUCAAACGAGAGAAUGAUUUGGAUUUCGACACACCAGAUUCCGACCAAAAAGUUGGCUAUGAAAAACCCAUCGACCCUAACUCAUUAGAAAUUGACCAAUUGGCAAAAAAGUUAUUGGAUAAAUUCGAUUCCGAAUCUGGUGCAAAGUGUAAACGAAGGCUGCUUCGAGUAGUUAGCGUAAAAAGACAGGUUGUAGCUGGAAUAAAAACCAGAAUGGAACUGGAAAUAUGUCCAGAUAUUUGUGCCAAUGGCGUGAUCAAUGUGAGCGAAUGCAAAAUUUGCGAUACUGAAGUGUGGGAAAAACCGUGGGAAGAAGACAAUUAUUUCCAAAUUAUGAAAUUCGAAUGCCCCUUAUAA